AGGGUGUGAGGCCGGCCCCACCCCCCAAAGUUUUGGAAUUCCUCCCCUGGGGAGCGAUUUCCUUCUCUCGUUACCUUCCUCCAGAGGGCGAAGAACUGUUGGUUUCUUUUGGAGAGCGAUGGAGCCGCGGAGGGGCCGAGCGCGCCGCCUGCGCCUCACCUGCCACCCCGGCUGGACCUCUUCUUGAGCACUUCUGUCGGCCGAGCUGAGCCCUGCCCUGGGGGAGCCAGUCAGGGCCAGGCGCUGCUCUUUUUCAUCCAGGACCGCGUCUCCAACUUCUGCUCCUCCUCCUCCUCCUCAGCAGUGCCACCACAGUUGCUUUGGGGUCCUCCGUCGCAGACAUCCUCCCCCCAGGCUGCCUCCCGGUUUGGAGCCAAACGAGCCCCUGGAUCGGAAGUACCCCUACAGAGGUUGUCCUGGAGCCCUGCCGCUGCACCUCUCUGAGAGAGAAGCCCGUUUCCCCCCCUUCCCCAAGUUUCCUGGAUGUGAUGGAACUCAUGUUUGCCGAGUGGGAGGACGGGGAGAGGUUUUCCUUCGAGGACUCCGACCGCUUUGAGGAAGACUCUCUUUGCUCCUUCAUCUCGGAGGCCGAGAGCCUGUGUCAGAACUGGAGAGGAUGGCGGAAGCAAUCCGCGGGACCCAACUCCCCCACUGUCAAAAUGAAAGAUGGGCUGGUGAUCCCACUGGUGGAGCUGUCUGCCAAGCAGGUGGCGUUUCACAUUCCGUUUGAGGUGGUGGAAAAAGUCUACCCUCCCGUGCCUGAACAGCUGCAGCUUCGGAUUGCCUUUUGGAGCUUCCCAGAAAACGAGGAGGACAUCAG